GAAGGUAUAAUAAAUUGAAAUUAUUCCGCUCUGCAUUUCUCCGUCCCGCAGAUGUGUUUGGGUAUUGCGGGGUGAAUUUCUAGAGGCUUGUCCUGUAUAUCCAGAUCCAGACAUGCAGCCUCCUCCAAGAAAGGUAAAAGUCACACAAGAAGUGAAACACACUCACACAGAGCAGCUGAACAGACUCCAGUUUAAACACCAGACAGACUUGGACUUCCUGGAGGAUCUGAGGAUUUACAGCCAGAAGAAAGCACUAAUAGAGAAAGAUUGCUCACAGGCUCUACAUAAGCUUGCAUCGCAGUACUUGAAGCGGGAGUGGUCUGGAGCCCCAUCAGAGGAGCAGAGAGACUCCAGCAUAAAUGUUUGGGCCGUAUGGAGAUCCUACUUGGAGGGUGUGAUGAAAGUGAGCCAGUCUCGUAUUAACGGAUGUGAGAACUACAGGAGCCAGAUCUCAGAUCCUGUGAAGACGUUCAGAGAGCAGAAGGACCUGCAGCUGAAGAAGUGCUGCGAACAGCUGGCAAGAGCUCAGGCUGAUCUGCAGGUCACGAUCAGAGACCUAGAGAAGAGCAGGAAGACCUACCAGGAGGCGGAACAAACAGCGCAGACUGUGAGAGAGAAAGCUGAUAUGGAGGCCAAGUCAAAGCUCAGUCUGUUUCAGUCACGCUCCAGUUUGAAGAGGGCGAGUGUGAAGCUGAAAGCCAAGAAGAACGAAUGGAAGUCCAAAGCCACACAAGCAAGGAAUGAUUACCUGCUCACACUGUCAGCCACUAACGCUCAUCAGGACCGCUAUUAUGAGACCGAUCUGAUCAGCUCCAUAAGGGUUCUAGAUGGCAGUUUCUACGAUCACGUACAGAGUUUUCUCAUUUCACUGUGUCAGACGGAGCUUGAGACAUCUCAAAGCAUUCAGGACACUUUUCAGUGCCUGCUGGAGACGUCCAGUGGGGUGACACAGGAUAUCCACCAACAGGUAUUCAUUCAGGACAACCCAGCGUUUCAGAAAGCCACCCCCUUCCAGUACCAGCCUUGUGAAAAUGAUUCGGUCAGGGAACUGCUGAAGGAGAGUGGCACGGCUGAAGAACAUAGUCUGAAUAAAGAAGCAAGGAAAUGGGCCACACGUGUGGCCAGAGAACACAAGAACAUCAUCCAUACGCAGCGGAUUCUUUCGGAGUACGAAGAGUCACAUCAACAGGACCAGAAUAACAACGAGCUAGAACUGAAAAUGGACGAUGCAAGAGAAUGCAUUCGGAAAUCCGAGACAAUGAAACUGAAGGCAGAGGCGCGUCUGAACCUCCUCCGAGACAUUGGUGUGGCUGUAGACGUCUGGCUGAAGAGCACCAUGAACCAAGUGAUGGAGGAACUGGAGAACGAGAGAUGGGCGGCCCUCAAUACCCACGAUGCUUCAUUCUCUCACUCUGUAGAUUUUGACAGAGAAGAUGAUGAGGACACAGAGAUGCUGGACGACAGCAGCUCCAGCCCCUCCAGCACUCACAGGAACUACCCUCUCACCUGCUCUGUGCUCUACUCAUAUCAGGCGUCCCAGCCUGAUGAGCUCACAAUCCAGGAACAGGAAAUACUGGAGCUAAUUGAUGAUGGAGACAUGGAGGACUGGGUUAAGGCUAGGAACAGAGCAGGGCAGGUGGGAUAUGUGCCGGAGAAAUACCUGCAACUCCCGACCUCCAGCUCUCUAUUGAGGAUGCUCCAGUCUUUCUCCAGCAUAGACACCCAAUCACACACCUCCAGCACUUCUGCAGAACAAGAGCCAGAAAUAGAGACACUAACCCAGAGCAGCCCGAACACUCAUGGCAGCGCCAUAAAUCUGGCCAGGGCUCUGUAUGCCUACGAGGCUCAGACAGAGGACGAGUUGUCUUUCCCCGAGGGAGCCGUUAUUUACAUUCUCAGCAAACACAACCAAGAAGAUGAUGGGUUCUGGGAGGGCGAGUUCAAUGGCGCAGUGGGCGUCUUUCCCGCAGUAUUAGUGGAGGAUCUAUGCAGACCGGAGAGUGCACAAACACACAAGAGCAUGAACGUGCAGGUGUCUCUGUCAGUUCUGGAUGAAGCGGCUAGUCCACCCACAGUGUUUCCAUCCUGUAGAAGUCCAGAGUCCGUUUCGCUGCCAUCUUUGAGCAGCACACUCACUUUAAAUGGCUAUCAAACCCAAGAACCCCCCAAAAUCUCGAGCCACAGUCACACCCACACCCUAUCACCCAGAUCCCCAGGAGAAGGCGGGUCAGGCCUGAGACCUGUACGAGCUGCUCCACCUCCACCCAAACAGCAGGCACAGGGCCAGGUGCAGAAGAGAGAAGAGGUGGAGAUCACACUGGUUUGAGUGACACCUUGAGGCACAUUUUACAAAUUGACAUUGCCAUGCUUGGAUCCGAUGCAGGGUGGACGUUCUGAAACUUUUUGAAGAUAGGAUGCACAAGCUGACCAUUAUGGUUCCAGUCCUCCUCCUCCAGUUUUUUUUGAGGGCAAUUAAAACAGACAAGGCCUAAAUGUGUUAAUGUAUGGACAUGCAAAAGCAGGCUUUACUAAAACUACAAAGAGACUUUAAAGGGAAAAGUGGCAAUUUCAGUGUUGAUGUUGUAUGUAUGAUUAUAUAUUCUGUCCAUAAACAAUUUAGGGCUAACAUGUUUAGAUGCAUAUCAUAGUUUUUAGCUUAUCUGUAACUUUAUUGUCAGUAUUUUAUUCGUCUGAUCAGACAUUAUUUGAAUGCAUAUUCAUAUUUUGUAGGUAUUGUGAAUUCCAGGAGGCUAAACUUAACCUGAGCACUUUAGAUUUAGUUUGUAAUGCAUU